AUGAAAGGCAUUGUCAAACCCCGCAUGAUAUUUAACUUAUCAAUAUCUCACUCUGACCACACUAUCUCUUCCAUACCUAAAAACCCCAAACUAGCCUUAUCAGACCCGAAUUGGAAAUCCGCAAUGCAAUCUGAAUUUGAUGCUCUUAUUCGAAAUAAGACGUGGGAUUUAGUUCCUCGUCCCUGUGAUGCUAAUCUUAUUCGAUGUAUGUGGAUUUUUAGGCAUAAGAAAAAAUUUCAUGGUUCCUUUGAGCGUUAUAAGGCUCGUCUUGUAGGUGAUGGCAGGUCACAGGUUGCAGGUGUGGAUUGUGAUGAGACUUUUAGCCCCGUGGUGAAACCCUCUACCAUUUGA